CGCACAAUCAAAAUCCGGAACGCGCUUUCCGUGUUUUAUCUCGAACGGAUUGACCACACUACCACACUAUCCACCCCAAAGAAAAAAAAACAGAUAGCAGAUCAUGGCAUCACGAAGAAACGCAUUAAAGCAAACAUCGCUCAACUACUUUUUUAGUGCCAAUUCAAAUUCACCUGCUUCGUCGUCUACACGGAGUAAAUCACCUGUGAUGAAUGUCGAUCGGCAUUCGGAAGAGAGAAACGAGGAAGCGGAACAAAUAGUACCAUGGUCAAGAAAACGAAAACGAGUUGCUCGCACAGACGAAGAGCAAGACGAGGAAGAGGCAGUGCCCAUCAAUAUUGAAAGCAGUAAUUUGUUGAAAGCACCACAGAAGACAAUCAAUGAUCCAAACGACAACGGCGACUAUGAUGAUGUUGAUGAUGAUGAUGAAGAACUUCAAUCAAAUCCAUAUAAACGACGUUUGAUGCAACGCAGAGUCGUGAUAAGCGACGAUGAUGAUGAUGAGGACGACAUGGAACGUGACAACACCGAGACGCACUCAACGAAAAAUGAUAGCCUACAAGGUGACGAGGAUCUAGAUGACCUGGAUUUCUUGGGUGACAAUGACAUCUACCAGGAGCGCACACGGGGCAGAAAGAAGGAAUCGAAAUAUGCGCUAGCAUUGGAGCGACUAAAACACCGGAAGCGGCGAUCGUUUGACGGAUCGGAAGGUCCGAUGGACCGAUACCGUGUAGAUGAUUGCAGCAAAGACGACGAAGGUGAUGCUGACCAUGACUCUGCAGCAAUUAUAUCUGAUGAUUCAGAAGGAGAAGAAGACGAUGCAGACGACUUUGUCGUGGAUGAUGAUAUCAUUGAUGGUGUUAAGGUCGGCUCUCCGAGUGAAAAAGUGGCGCUUCCAGCUGCGUUUAGCUCGGCACAGACGAAAAAGUUUUCGACAAACUUUAAAAUCUACGUUGAAUUCCUCGUUCACACCGUCGUUGGCGAGGCUACACAAAGUCGCUAUUACCAGAUGGCAGUUGACGGGGUGGAACGGCGAGCCCGAGGCUAUAAGGACUCGUUGAUAACAAGUGAUGCAUGGCUUCCGCCAUUCAAGGCGGCGUUGGAUAGGUAUCCGGUGUGGAGUCCAGUGCUGUGUAAAGGGUCAAUAUGCGAAGGAUGCCGGCAGAACCGGGCGGCAAGCUUCGAGGUGGUACUUGCAGCGGAACCGGAAGACACCGAGGGUGAACCGAGAGACAAAACAUUUUCGCUAGGCAGUGAGUGUUACAAGCGUGCCAAAGUGUAUCACAAGCUCGUCCAUUUUCGGUCGCACAUGCACAAACACGUUCGCAACGAAGCCGAAGCGCUAAUGAGCAGCAGUGAUGCUGAACAGCCGUCGUGUCUCACAAAAGACAUUAUGAAAGCCAUGCAUGCCUCUGGAUUUGUCAAGACGCUCUGUCAGCAAACUCAGUCGCUCUUCGCUCAGGCGCGUCUCCAGUACAUGCCUGCAAAGGAAAUGCCGCCGGUAUUUGAGGACGAGUCGUCGUCUUCAGAGGAGGAAGACGAGGGAGAAUAGAUUGUUUGUUUUGUUAUACAUUGUGCUUCAUUCGGGCAUCCUUCCCGUAAACCUUCUUUUUCGCCCAUCGCUCCCCCCGCCUUCUCUCUCUCUCUCAUUCCAUCCGACGUGAUGAGCAAGUGCCACACUAUUUUGAUUUAAAAAGGCCCUUUCCCUUUGCACAAUUUGUACGUUUCUCUUUUCCAUAAAACCCCUCCUACCCUUUUCUUUUCUCUUCUUUUCUUUAAACCCUUCCUCCUCUCCUCCUUUCGCUCAAGAAGCAGAAGACUCUUGAAUCAUCCUACCUCUCUCUCUCUCUUUUAUAAUAGCCAUCCUCCCCUUUUGUACUUUUACCUCUUCCUUGUCAUCCGCUCAUAAAAUACCAUCUGUCAAUCCGCCAACAA